CUCAUCUCGACUUUGUAACUUUUUUGAAGCGCGAUAUCAAAGCUAUCGCCCUAUCCCAACCUACAAACUCCAUUGACCUACGCCUAACCCUUGUCUACGCCAUGGAUGACCUUUAUGAUGAGUUCGGAAAUUUCAUCGGGGAGGAUGCCGAAGCAUCUGAGGAAGAAUCCCAGCAUGGCGUUGACGCGGGCGCGUAUCUCGAUGACGAAUACCCCGAGGAGGCAGCCGAACCUACGGGGCAGGAAUUAAUGGAAGUGGACGAUGAAGGGCCCUCGAAUGCGGUGAUAUUACACGAAGACAAGCAAUAUUACCCGACGGCGCAACAAGUAUACGGAGCUGAUGUCGAGACCUUGGUGCAAGAGGAGGAUGCGCAACCGCUUUCGCAACCUAUCAUUGCCCCCGUCGAUGUGAAGAAGUUUUCUAUCGAAGAAGCCGACCUCCCUCCCGUUCAUUUCGACCGCAAUUUCAUGACCGAUCUUAUGAACUUCCCCGAUCAAAUACGAAACAUAGCACUAGCUGGCGACCUACACCAUGGCAAGACCGCGUUUAUGGAUAUGUUGGUCCUCGAGACGCACGAUAUAUCCGAUAGGUUAGAGAAGCGAACCGGAAGAAAGAGAGACGAGGAAUUACGAUACACCGAUACCCACGUGGUGGAGAGAGAAAGGGGCCUGUCCAUAAAGGCGGCGCCGAUGAGCUUGGUAUUGCAGAGCACAAAGGGCAAGUCCCACUUGUUCAACAUAAUAGAUACCCCGGGUCACGUAAAUUUUGUGGACGAGGUUGCUGCAGCUUUAAGACUGGUGGAUGGUGUUGCGCUGGUCGUGGAUGUGGUCGAAGGAGUUCAGGUUAACACGGAGCAGAUCAUCAAGCAUGCCGUCCUUGAGGAUAUCCCCAUGACCUUAAUCAUCAACAAGGUCGAUAGGCUCAUACUAGAACUAAGGUUGCCGCCGAGCGAUGCUUAUUUCAAGUUAAAACACGUCGUCGAAGAGGUGAAUACUAUCAUCGAAAAUACUCGGCCAGGUUCCGGAGACCAGAAGCGAUUAAGCCCAGAGAAGGGGAAUGUAUUAUUCGCAUGUAGCCAGAUGGGUUGGUGCUUUACACUACAGUCAUUCUCUAAGAUGUAUGCGGAUAGCUUCCCCGGCGUGAACACGGAGGAACUCGCCAAACGCCUCUGGGGCGACAUCUAUUUCAACCCGAAGAAGAGAUCCUUCAGCAGGAAACCUCUGCCUGGCGAAGAACGUGCAAAGAGGUCGUUUAUCCACUUUGUCUUGGAGCCUAUCUACAAGGUUUUCUCACACACUAUCAGUCAAAGUCCCGAAGAGCUAAAGAACGUGCUGGCGACGCUGGGCAUAGUACUCAAGCCAUCACAGUACAAGACGGACGCCAAGGUGUUACUCAAGCUGGUCUGUGAGCAGUUCUUCGGCCCGUCGACUGGCUUUGUCGACAUGAUCGUCAAGAAUAUUCCAUCUCCGUUAGAAGCGGCGGAACGCAAACUGGAACAGUAUUACACCGGCCCCCUGGAUACCAAGGUAGCCGAAUCCAUGAAAAAGUGCGACCAAGAUGGCCCAUUGGUCGUACACAUCACAAAAUUAUUCAAUUCUUCGGAUGCUAAAAGCUUCUAUUCAUUUGGUCGGGUGAUGAGCGGUAUCGCGAGACCUGGGAUGCAGGUACGAGUUCUCGGAGAGGGUUAUUCUAUCGACGAUGAGGAAGACAUGGCUACGGCUACCAUUUCGAACGUCUACAUCGCAGAGACACGAUACAACGUUGAGACUGAUGGGGUUCCCGCGGGUAACUGGGUGCUGCUGAGCGGUGUUGACAACUCGAUCGUGAAGUCGGCAACAAUAGUACCGCCGAAAUUCGAGGAUGACGAGGAAGCCUACAUCUUCAGACCGGUCACACAUUUCACAGAGUCGGUUCUGAAGGUAGCAGUCGAACCCAUCAACCCCUCAGAGCUUCCCAAGAUGCUUGACGGCUUGCGGAAGAUUAACAAAAGCUACCCUCUAAUCACUACCAAGGUUGAGGAAUCCGGCGAGCACAUCAUCCUAGGCACUGGCGAAUUGUAUAUGGACUGUGUCCUACACGACUUGCGACGGUUGUACGCAGAUAUGGAGAUCAAAGUUUCGGAUCCCGUCACGCGCUUCUGUGAGACAGUGGAUGAGAUGUCAGCUACCAAAUGCUACGCCAUUACACCGAAUAAGAAAAACAAGAUUACUAUGGUCGCCGAGCCGCUCGACGACGGAAUCGCGGAAGAUAUCGAGAGCGGUCGCGUCAAGAUGCAAGACGGUGCCCGUAAAGUGGGUAAAUUCUUCCAGGACAAGUACGGAUGGGAUCUGCUGGCGGCGAGAAGCAUUUGGGCAUUCGGCCCGGAUGAGAAGGGUCCAAACAUCUUGCAGGACGACACGCUCGAGGUGGAUAAGACGCUUCUGAGGAGUGUGCGCGAGAGCAUUCGCCAAGGAUUCAGUUGGGCUACCAGAGAAGGCCCUCUGUGUGAAGAACCGAUCCGCAACACCAAGUUUCGUAUCAUGGACGUGUCACUAGCACAGGAAGCCAUCUUCAGGGGCGGCGGUCAGAUUAUCCCAACCGCGCGACGCGCGUGCUACAGCUCGUUCCUCAUGGCGUCGCCACGCCUCAUGGAACCUCUAUACUCGUGCUCGAUGACAGGUCCUCAGGAUGCCGUUCCCGUACUAUACAAUGUUCUAGCUCGUCGAAGAGGCCACGUACUAUCGGAUGGUCCGAUCGCAGGGACGCCGUUGUACCGCGUCAACGGCCUAAUCCCGGUGAUCGACUCGUUCGGUUUCGAGACGGACGUCCGUAUCCAGACACAAGGCCAAGCUAUGGUGAGUCUCGUCUUCGACAAGUGGCAGAAGGUACCCGGCGAUCCGCUCGAUAAGGAGGUCGUGUUACGCCCGCUUCAGCCCGCCGACGCCCAAGCCACGGCGAGAGACUUCGUGCUCAAGACCAGAAGGCGUAAGGGUCUCAGCGAGGACGUUAGCGUGGCGAAGUUCCUCGAGCCUGAAUUCUAUCAAAGUCUCAUGGAGAGCGGCACGCUCGGUAGUCCAUGAGAGAGAGAUACAGAGAGAGAGAUCUAUGUUAGGUUUUCUUUAAAAGGCGCCCCUCUUAGCAGAGAUGAAAGGGAAGUCUAGACUCGACACGACUAGCAAAAAUGUUUUUGCAGUUAGAAAUAGUCUAGGUUAGGAGGUAGUUAUAGGCUCAUAUUAGCGGAUAAGGUUUCACCCCUUCCCCGGGAGUUAACAGGUGGACUGGAUUCUGGGCCACACCAACUUGGCUGAUCUAGAAGGAUUCAGCUCCAACAGGGCUACCCCACACAAAACGCAAGCCGGUGUAUAGGUUUAAUAGAAGAAAAUAUAUAAUGUGUAAAGAGCAAGCAAGCAAGCAAGCAACACUAGCUAGUUACUUACCUAGGUAGUUAGUAUAGUUGGACCAUCUAAAAACUCUAUAACCUAGCGAAAUGUAGUGUAGUUCGAUAGUUAAGACGGAGAGAUAGAGACACAAACUUGCCUCCAAGAUCAACCAACUAACCUGGAAUAUUCCCAAGCAGUGAUUCGCGCGGCAAAUGAAGUACCUUAGGUACCUACCUUAAGGUUACUAUGUAGAAGGAUGGCAAAGCAAGCAAGAAAAAAGAAAAGAAAAGAAAUCGUGCCUCUCGCUAGCUAAAACCCCCCUUCCUCGUUGCGAG